AUUCCCAAUCGCUGUGUUCUCUUCACGUUAUAUUUCCCUUUCUGUGACGUUGACCGCCAUCUCCUCCUGGUGUGACAGUGCCCGUCAUCUACUCCCUCCCCAACUGCUCGUGGAGCCAUGAGCGCCGUGCUGGUCCGGGGUCGCGCGGACGCCCUGUCGCUGCGGAGAAUCAGUCUCUUGUCGUCGAGAUUGCAUGCGUCCAGGUCUCCAGUAUUCUCUAGGCUCACUGCCGGUCGGUCCAUAUCGCAGAAUCGUCGCAGUCCCAUCCCCCAAGGCCUUGUUUCGCGUGCCUUCUUCAGCCCUCGAUUCCCCGUCCGACACCAGACCACCACCGCAGCAACAGAUGCGGAGGUAAGUGAACCGAGUCGCAAGCUGCGUCUUCGCAAUGCGAUCUUCAAGUCUUUUGCCUACUGCGGCUUUUUCAUUAUUAUGAGCAGUGCGGCCGUGGUAGCGUUCUUUAUCUAUGAUGCGUCCACUUAUCGAGAAGACCUCAGUGCGGAGGACAUCCCCGUCUCGGAAUUGGCGCUCAACCCACGCCGUGGAGGACCCAAGAACCUGCCCAUCGCGGAAGUUCUUGUGGGAGACAGUGACUCGGAGGCUAUGCUGGCCCAAAAGGAUAAACCGAGACUGGUGAUUCUGGGUACGGGUUGGGGCAGCAUUGCCCUACUCAAGCAGCUUAAUCCUGGUGAUUACCAUGUCACGGUGGUUUCGCCAACGAAUUAUUUCUUGUUUACUCCGAUGUUGCCGUCGGCAACGGUUGGGACUCUUGGAUUGAGGUCGCUGGUUGAGCCGGUUCGACGGAUUGUUCAGCGGAUUAACGGUCACUUUAUCAAGGGUGAGGCACAGGAUAUCGAGUUCUCGGAAAAGCUGGUGGAGAUUACCCAGGUGGAUUCUAAAGGGCAGAAACAAAGCUUUUACCUCCCUUACGACAAGCUUGUGAUAGGUGUUGGUUGCGUGACGAAUCCUCACGGAGUCAAAGGCCUUGAGAAUUGCCACUUUUUGAAAUCGAUUGACGAUGCGCGCCGGGUUAAGAACAAGGUUUUGGACAAUAUGGAGCUGGCUUGCUUGCCGACAACCAACGAUGAAGAACGCCGACGUCUAUUGUCCUUCGUCAUUUGUGGCGGAGGCCCGACCGGUGUUGAGUUCGCUGCUGAACUUUUCGAUCUUCUGAACGAGGACCUUCUGCACUCUUUCCCCAAGAUCUUGAGAAACGAGAUUUCCGUCCACAUCAUCCAGAGCCGUAGCCACAUCCUCAACACAUAUGACGAAGCCCUCUCGAAAUAUGCAGAGGCUCGUUUUGCUCGAGAUGAUGUCGAUGUCCUGACAAAUUCACGGGUGAAAGAAGUUCGUGAUGAUAGGGUCGUUUUUACCCAGGAGGAAGAUGGCAAAACAGUGGUUAAGGAGAUUCCCAUGGGCUUCUGUUUGUGGUCUACCGGAGUCUCCCCCGCCGAUGUUUGCAAGAGAAUUUCAGACAAGCUGGAUGCACAGAACAACAAGCAUGCGCUUGAAACAGACGCCCAUCUCCGUCUAAUUGGAGCCCCUCUGGGCGAUGUCUAUGCCAUCGGUGACUGCUCAACGGUUCAACACAAAAUAGCCGAGCAUAUCAUUUCCUUCCUCCGCACCGUUGCCUGGGAAAAGGGCAAGGACCCCCAGAAGGUCCAUCUGACUUUCAGGGAAUGGCGCGACCUCGCCACGCGUGUCAAGAAGCGAUUCCCUCAGGCAUCCAGCCAUCUCCGUCGUCUUGAUAAACUGUUUGAACAGUACGACAAAGACCACUCGGGCACCCUGGACUUCGAAGAACUCUCCGAACUCCUCCACCAAAUCGACACCAAACUGACCUCUCUUCCCGCCACAGCCCAACGUGCUAACCAGCAAGGCCAGUACCUUGGCCGAAAACUCACCAAGAUCGCCGCAGCCCUCCCCGGUAUGCAAGUCAACGAUAUUAACCACGGCGACCUUGACGAAGCCGUUUACAAGCCCUUCAACUACAAACACCUCGGUAGUCUGGCGUACGUCAGCAACGCUGCCGUCUUCGACUUUGGUGGAAUGAAUUUCGCCGGCGGCGUUCUUGCCAUGUACAUUUGGCGCAGUAUCUAUUUCACUGAAAGUGUCAGCUUGCGUACCCGGUGUAUGCUUGCUAUGGAUUGGGCUAAGAGAGCCCUCUUUGGAAGAGAUCUCAUGAGCUUCUAAGUUUUGGAUCGGUAGAUCCAAAAGAAACAGAACAAACUGAAAGAUUUCUUCUUCUUCCUUAUCUUUUUUUUUGGGGGGGGGGGGGG